AUGGCCCCCAAGCUCGACCCCAACGAAAUCAAGAUCAUCUACCUGCGGGCUACGGGUGGUGAAGUGGGUGCCUCCUCAGCACUCGCUCCCAAAAUUGGUCCUCUUGGUCUCUCGCCGAAGAAGGUCGGUGAAGAUAUCGCUAAGGCCACUGGUGCAUGGAAGGGUCUCCGUGUAACCGUCCAGCUUACCAUCCAAAACCGUCAAGCCAAGGUCGACGUUGUUCCCUCUGCCUCCUCCCUUGUCAUUAAGGCUCUUAAGGAGCCCCCACGCGACCGCAAGAAGGAGAAGAACAUCAAGCACUCCGGCAACAUUCCCUUCGACGAGAUCGUCGACAUUGCGCGCACGAUGAAGUCAAAAUCGCUCGCCAAGGACCUUGCGGGUUGCGUCAAGGAGAUCCUCGGCACUGCGCAGAGCGUCGGCUGCACCGUGGAGGGCCAGCCCCCACACGACGUCAUUGACCAGAUCAACGAGGGGGAGCUUGAGGUUCCAGAUGAGUAG